UGAGGGGGAUGUGGCGGCCCUGUUGUGAAUGGGGGUGUAGGCUACACCUAAAAACCGGUUCCUCCAUCAGGAAACAUUGAGAGACUCAAUUUAACACGGAACAACCUGUCGACUCUUCCUGCAUCACUUCUCAUCAUGUCCGAGAUUGCGUCUGGUGAAAGCUAUGAGGAGUGUCGGACCACAGCUGACUGGCUGCUGUCCAACACGCAGGUGCGUCCCUCCGUGGGAAUCGUGUGCGGUUCUGGUAUGGGGGGGCUGGCUGGGAUGCUGAAGGACCCUCAGGUCUUCAAAUACAGCGACAUUCCCAACUUCCCCCGGAGCACAGUGCAUGGUCACGCUGGCCGGCUGGUGUUUGGAACACUUAAAGGGAAGCCGUGUGUUUGCAUGCAGGGCAGGUUCCACCUGUAUGAGGGCUACCCUAUCCAGAAGAUCACGCUGCCCAUGCGUGUCUUCAAGCUGAUGGGUGUGGAGACGAUCAUCCUGACCAACGCAGCCGGAGGCCUCAACCAGGACUACAAAGUGGGCGACGUCAUGAUCCUCAAGGACCACAUCAACAUGCCGGGGUUCGCUGGAAACAACCCGCUGGCCGGACCAAAUGAUGACAGGUUUGGCGUCCGCUUCCCCUGCAUGUCUGACGCCUACGACCGCGAGCUGCGGCAGUUGGCCCAAGAUGUGGCAUCAGAGCUGGGCUACAGCGACUUCCUGCGAGAGGGAGUGUACUGCGUCCUGGGAGGUCCCUCCUUCGAGACCAUCGCCGAGUGUCGCAUGAUCCACAUGAUGGGCGCUGAUGCUGUUGGGAUGAGCACUGCCCACGAGGUAAUCGUUGCCCGCCACGCCGGGAUGCGCUGCUUCGCCAUGUCGCUGAUCAGCAACCGGGCCGUGAUGGACUACGACAGCCAGGAGAAGGCCAACCACGAAGAAGUCCUGGAGACGGGCAGACUGAGGGCCGUGCAGCUGGAGAAGCUGGUGUCCACCAUGGUGGCCCGGCUGGAGCACAACAACAACAACUCCUUUUGAACAUGCGACUGACUGUACUGGUACCAGGUCAGCUGUCCUGCUUAAUCUCUGCGAGACAGCGAGAGGGUUUUUUUUAAACGCUUGUUAGAACGCUCAAAAAAACUGUAGAGUUAUAAACUCCCAGACUUGACUUACUACUUGAUAAACUAGUUUCUUUGCUUUGUUUCCACACUGGCUGUUACUUUAAGUCUUAAAAUCCUGGAAACUCGUCCACUUUUUUUUUUUAUACACUCCUCUAUCAGCAACGUUUACAUUUUUGAGGUGUACAGAUGAAUGACUUCAGCUCAGUAAUCCUCUGACGAAUCCCUGCUGCGAUAUAUUAUACUGUAUUCAGCGGACUGUUUCAGUGAAACAGCAUUGUAUUGUAAUUUCUAAAAUAGUAACUUAAUAAAAUAUACAUAUUUAUUGUUUAGUUCUUUCACAUUCCCUGAUGUCAGUUAACAACUAAUAUGAAUACAGUGAUAUUCACACUACGCAUGUCUUCACGAGAUCAUGGCUGAAAGGUGGAAAAAAUGAUUUCAUAUGGUGAUAAAGGUGUAAAAUGUUCUUAAAUAUUUAUACUAACUAUUACUAUUUAAGUGGUGUUUUUAUUUUCUUAUAUCGAGAGUUUGAUGAACAGUUGAAGAAAGGGAUUACAACCUGCAUGGGAAAGUUACCAAAGUAUGUAGUUUUAAUCUCCUUCCAUGUCUUAUCACUGUUAGCAGACUGCUUUUAGAGGUACUUUAUUAAAAACUGUACAACAGUGGAUCUACUUUUACAAUAAAAUGACUCAACUUGAAAACAA